AUGUCAAGCCAGGAUACUUCGUUCCAUAUUCAACCACAUCCAGCAAAAGACAACAACCCGCGUGCUGAUUCACACGAGCAUGAUGCUGUAAGUGGCGCUAUCCAUGCGCCACCAGGCAUCCAAAAGCUUGACGAGCAAACGGCAUCGCAGUUGGAGGCACCGAAAUCCGAUGAGGAGCUACAGAAACGCUCGGAGGAACUCAACAAAUGA